GCUCUAACAUUAUCUUUUCUCAAAAUUCAUUUCAACCAGGAUAUUCCAAUAGUCAACAACGGAGUUUCUAUGACAACUUUCUGUAAGAUGUUUGAGUUAAUCUUUCUCAUAGCUGCUCUAGCUUCCACUCUAGCUUUUGCUUCGGCAAAUUUCAUCAGAAUCUGCAGCACGCGAAAUAAAGUCCCGAUAUCAGUGAUAGUUCCGAUCCAAACUAAAGUCAAGGAAAAGAUCGACGAGAACGAGAAUGUCUCGAAAUAUCAAGCUUUGAGAAAUCUACAAAAUCAACAUGAAGUGGCCGCCGUUAUGUCAAGGCUGGUUGAAACAGACGGUGCAGGAGCUUGGCCACCGAAUGCAAAUCAUGAAGCGUGGCCCUUGGCUCUUCGCCCGUACAAAGAAAUUUACUUCAAACUCAUCCCUCUUCUUUCCGCGGCCCCGCCCUCGCUAGAUGAUGAUGUCAAUAAUAAAAGACGCGAAAAAUAUCGAUCAAUGAUGCGGAAGUCAUUGAUGGAGCAGAUUAAUAUUCCCCAAGUUGUGGCCAUUUUGGCUGUGGUGGAAGCUGGCAAUUGGGAUCUCUUUCCCAGAGAUGCAUAUAAUGGGUUUUAUUGCUGUGUUGCUGUUUGUCGUCAUGCAUACAGGUGGGCAACUAUUCCUGUGGUCAAAGUAGCACAAUUGGAGAAAAUCGUCGAGUUCCCAUCUGAGCUUGACGCACCGUGGCCAUAUCUUCAGCGAAACUUUGGUGUGGACGCUGAUGCAGGAAAUAAUACAUCCAAUGUUUUACUGAACUUCAAUACGAAGGGAGAAAGAAUCUAUAGAAUCAAUGUCGGAAUGUCCCAUUUGAUCCGAUCAUCCGAGGAAGUUUUCUUUCAGAUGUUCUAUGAUCUUGAAGUUGUUGCUUUCCCCAUCUACCACGAAAUGGUUCUCUCAGUCCUAGCCUACACCUCCUCUUCCCCCAACACCUGCCUCCCCCACCUCCGCACCAUCAACAUGCGUCUCCGCGAUCUCUUCCUCGUAUUCUACGAAAAUCUCACUGAAUCCCGCGUCUCCCAUUCCGUCUGGCUUUCCUACGUUCAGGGAUUCCAAGGAUGGGGCGUUGGAAAAAUAAUCAAUGGAGAAUACGUGAAAUAUGAUGGACUUUCUGGAAAUCAUGUCUUGUUCUUCCAAGCUCUAGAUUCGUUCUUAGGUAUGGAUAGGUAUUUGACAGAUGAGAAUAUGGAGAGAUACAUACCUGUGAGACAACGAGAGUUAUGCUUGGUGCUUAAGAAAUAUAGUUUCGUGAUGGGGGCGAGGGAGAAGGCAGAAACGGAGAUCGAAGAGGAGUUUGCGAAGAUGGUCAAUCAGCUGAAGGUAUUUCGUGCAGCCCAUCGCGCACGCGUAAUGUCGUAUCUUCAAGAGCCAGCUCCUGAACGUCUUGUAAUGACAGCUGGUAAAUCUGUUCUUGAGAACUCGAAUACCAAGAGUCUGGAUGAUGCAUUGAAGCCUCUGGAUGAUAUGCUAGCGGAUAGAUUAAAAGAAACAGCGAAUAUUGGAACUGUUGGUGCUGGCGCAUGAGAUCAGCGUGCUACUGAGCCAUUGAGGCAUGAUGAAAUGAAAUUUUAGAUGGAAAUAUGGUAGAAUUGAUUUGGAAUAAAGAGUAUACUCGAAUUAGACA